AUGAAAUACAACACAUGUUAUGAUGAACUAAGGUUGUUCGCUGCGACUGCUGAUAAAGGUGAUGUUACUGCGGUGAAUGAAUAUUUGUUUACAGAAAACCUGGGCGAAUUAAUUGACGACAUCAACGCAUUGCGAACAGAAUCUCACAACAUUACUGCAAACGCGGAAAAUUCAACAAAUACAACGACUGUUUGUAUACAGCAAAUGACUACGUUACCACGAACUAAGAUUCCAACUUUUGAUGGUAAUUUUUUACAUUGGUACGCAUUCAAAGAUAUUUUUGAAUCGGUUGUAUCUAACCAUUCAAAUUUGAGUAACACACAGAGACUUCAGUAUCUCAAAAACGCACUGAUUGGUGAUGCGGAACAUGUUCUUGACAAUAUUGUGACAACAGAUGCGAAUUUUCAAGUUGCAUGGGACAUUCUUGUUAAGAAGUAUCCGAACAAGCGCAUAAUUAUCAACUCGUACUUAACUCAAAUUAUGAAUUUGCCGAAAGUUGAUGCUGAAACUGCCAGUCAAUUGCGGGUGUUGUGUGACGGAGUAACAGCAGCAUUGCGGGCGUUAGAACAUCUUGGCCGUUCAGUAUCACACUAA